GUCAAAUAUUACAUCAGAAGCAGUUACACCUGGACAACGUCUUGGUUAUGCAGCAGAUUAUCAACAAGGACCUGGUACAUAUGAACGCGAUGGUUUAUUAUAUGCUAGUGUGGUUGGUCAAAGAUACAUUGAUCCCGCUAAAGAUGAUCAAUUGCCUGUUAUGAGAGUAACAAGAGAGAAAGAACAAUCGGCAGUACCCGAAGUUGGUAGUGUGAUUACUGGUAAAGUUAUUCGUGUUGCACCUCAUCAAGCAGUCAUUGCCAUUAUGGUUGUUGGUAGUAUUCCCUGUAAAGAAGAUUUUAUGGGCGUUAUUCGUACACAGGAUGUACGUGCAACAGAAAAGGAUAAAGUAAAAAUAUAUAAUUCAUUUAGACCAGGCGAUGUGAUUAAGGCAGAGGUUAUUUCGUUAGGUGAUGCACGUUCUUACUUUUUAUCAACAGCCAAAAAUGAAUUAGGUGUUAUUUAUGCGACCAGUGUUGCAGGUGCAACAAUGAUACCCAUUUCAUGGCAAGAAAUGCAAUGUCCAAAGACAAAAGCAAUUGAAUUACGUAAAUGUGCAAAACCAGAUUUAUUAUAAUGGCUUCCUUAUAUUUAUAGGUAUUUUAUCUUGUGGAUAUUUCCAUUCUGGAUGAUUAUAUAAUACAAUUGUAUCUACCUUUUCCCAUUUUGGUGAAUCUAAAAAAAAAAAAAUCCCCCAAAAUAAUACAAUAAAUGUAUAUGCACAUAUAAUAUAUAUACAUGUUAAUAAACAAGUUGAAUAAUUCCCUUUAUACAUAUAUAGUAAUGUGCUUACCUAUAGACGAUGGAUGAUGUAAU